UUCGCGCUGCUUCUUGUGCGCGGGUUACUCUCAAAUUGUAAACAGCGCCAUUGUUUUGCUAACGCUAACAUUGGUUAUCAAAUGUGUAAAUUAUUCGUCUUAUUUAUUUAUCAAUGGUGUACAAACUUGUUGCCAGCUGUAUAUUUACCGAGUGGAUUCAAAUAAAUGUACACAGAGGCUUGACUGAGUGCUAUCCGGACCUGAUAACGGUAGUUAGCCUGCUAGAUUAUUAACUGUUAACCCUGUUUCGAUGUCGUAGACUCAUAUCUACCGACAAAAAGAAGAAAUGGAGACAAAAUACCCAACCUUGAAAAGGCCAAAAAGGAAACUCUGCUACCACACAACCAAGGACAGUCAACCUAAACAAUGGACAGAAAAAUUUACACUAGAAGACGUCGAUAAGAUGUUUGAUGACUUGGAUUCAGUGCUACUUGAGGAUGAAAUAGUCCCCCCAUCUCCUGAACUGCAUUUAACUGUUAAUAAAAUGAAACAGUUGGAGAGAGAGGUUUCGCCGAUCCCACAGGUUCCUGACGGAGAUCAUCUGCCUCCCCCUGUGAUGUCAGCUAGUCCUGAUCUGGAUAUUGAUUUGGACAUCCCUUUUAAAGCACAUGGACCAGUGAAGACAUCCAGCCCGAUUGAGGGUAAUGGUGUAGAUGUUAACAAAAAGCAGGCCAACAAAAACCACAAAAUUAUGUCCCCAAUUCUCUUUGACUGUGAAGAUGACGGAAAAGAAGAAGCACAGCCAAAACCCCUACCUGUCCAGGAAAUUCAGCAAAAUGGACACACCUUAGAGGAUGAUUCCCCCAUGUUUGAGUGUCUUCCAAGCAAGCUUGUUCUCACCAAGAGGUUUUAUCAAAGAAAGAAAGUGGACACUCAGCCGAAAGAAAACACAAACCCCCCUGUUUCCCCAGUAAGGCCUGAGUCCACAGUUGCAGCUCCUGAAAAACAUUCUGAAACAGUGCAGAAGCAACAACGGGUGGAGAUGCCCACUCGUGUGAAAAAAGACAUGAAUACUUUUCUACAGAAGUUUAGAGAUGCUGGACAGGCCAAACCUGCAUGUGCUGGGAUAUCAUCAUCUCAAGUUAAAAUUCCCUCUCCUCCUCCUGAGCCAGAGGAUGACUUCCUCAUUUUGGAGGAUGAUACACCUCUGCUGUUUUCUAUCCCACGUAAAACUGCCACCAGUAAGAGACAGGGACAGAACAAAACUUCCAACACCAACAAAGACAAGAGGACAGAGGAGGACUCAGAAGAGACGGCAAAAAACCAGCAGGAAUCAGAGCAGGAAAGAAGCAAACCAGCAAGUCAGACUGUUGAUGAGAAAAUGAAAAAGAAGCAGGGCAAAGAGGCAGGUAAUGGUGUUACUGAGUCUGAUAAUGACAGUAAAGAACACAUAGUGCCCAGUGUCAAGGUUGAUGGGAUGGAUCCAGAUAAACCCAAUAAAAAGAAACCACAGCGAAAGAAGGAGGCAACUUCUAAAGACAGUGACAAGACUGAGGACAAACAUAAAGACAAACCAAGCAGGAAAAUGGAUGAUGAAAAUCCCUCUCAAAAAACAGAGAUGAAAACUCAGUUUUCUGCUGAGAAGAUGAGGUCAAAGUCUUCAAAAGUCAGUAAAGAAAAUCUCAAAACAAACAAGGCUACAUCAUCAAAAAAGAUCAGAAAGAGGAUGGAGGGACCUGAAGCAGUAAAUGAGGCCGUUGAAGAACAACACCAGGAGCAGAGUGGUGAGGAACAUGGAGAUAUUCAAGACCAGAUUUCUCCUUCAGAAAUUCCAAUGGUGGACGGAGAAGCAGCAAAUGUUUUGCCAAAUGGAAUUUCAAAUGAGAACAAACUUUCAAAUACUGAGGAAGGGAGUUCAUCUGAAAAUUGCCAGAUUCCCAAUAAAAGGAAGAGAAAACAGACUGGACAGUGGUGGUUAAGUUGCCCUCAGAACACAGAAGAAAUGCCUGUUUCUGACAACCAGCAACCUACAGUUAAGAAAACAAAACAGAUCAACAAAGAGUCCACUGCAGCAGUAGCUUCACCUGUAAAAUCUUUACCUGGUGGAGGUUUAAAGAAGAGUAAGCAGAGGCAGUCUGUGGCAACAUCCAGUCAGAAGCAAAGGCAGAAAACUAAUGAAGGAAAAGCCAGACGUAUCAAAACCAAACCUAGAAGAGCAGGCAGUCCAGACAAGAAGAAAGCAACACAUAAAGAAUCUAAUGAAGAUUCAGCAGAGCCAAUCCAAGAGCAGGAGCCUGAGGCUCCAGAUGAAGAACUAAAUGGAGGACAGUCCACUCCCGUGGUCGACCCUCAUAGGGACCGCAGCAUUAACUCAGGGGAUAAGGUUUUUAAAAGCAUAAACCCACAUGUGUCUUAUGAACAAAUGUCAACCACACCAGCUUGUGCCUUUUACACAGAACCUGAAGAGCAGAUCAAGGAAGCAAAACUGGAAAAACGGCAAAGAAGAUCACCUGGAAACUGGUGGCAAGUUAAUCCCACACCUGAGGAUGUAGAAAGCAUUACCUCAGUGCCUCAGCAGCUUAAACCCAAGGAGACCACACAUCAAAAGGAAAGAAAAAGAAAGCUGAAAGAGAACUGUCAGGCACUCGGAACUCCCAGGAAUGGAACUGCAACCGUUUCAUCAAAACCACCAGGAGGAGCUCAUGUGCCUCCUGUAGAACAACCGACUUCCAGACGCACUUUGGCCAUGUUUAAAGACAUUUUCAGCUCAGCUGCACAAACUCCCUCUGUGAUCAACAGAGGAAACAUUGGUCAAAAUAAAAAACGUGAUACCACAGCACAUCCUGCCAAGAACUCCAUACAAGUCCCAUUUACUGAUGGCGAUGUCGACAAUAUGGAUGCAGACAAAUCCAGAGGCACACAGGACUGUCCUCCCAGCCACGAGUCUUCACAGGAGAACAUGUGUAAAGUCCUUCGAAGUGGACCGUCCUCCAUGAUCGAGCUGGAACAAUAUGAGGAAGAGGAAGACAUGAUGCUUCCGUCAUCCAGAGUCGCCCCCGCUGCUCUCUGUGCUUCAGACCUGUGCGCUCCGCCUCUCAAACCGCUGAUCUUACAGCCCAAUGAUAAGGUCACCCUGACAGAGUGGCUUAAGACUGUGUGGUCCACAACCCAGGACAACGAUGGAACUGAAAUCACUCCAGACCAGUUUGAGUGGUACUUCUAUCAAGGCAGAGCGAUUGGCUUCAUGGUGGAUCUGCACUGUGGGUCCAUCUGUACUGGAAAGAUCCUGCUGGGCUCCUUCAUGAAGAAGCCUCUGUGGGUGGAUCACAGCGCGACAACAGUUUUUAAUAUAUUAACAAGCUCUGUGAAUGUGAAGGUGGACUGCAAUGAAUCCCGUUACAACGCAGGCCAGUCCUUUAUCAUUCCAUGUGGUCACGCCUACAGCUUCCAGAACCUCAAUGCACAGCCUGCAGUUUUAUACUUCACCAGGGUCCUUGCAGAGGAUGUGUGAUGGCUGGAUCACCCCCCACAUCACAGGAAAUGACCAAACAGUUAGAGGUGUAUUUAAAAAAAAAAUGUAGAUAUGACUUUAUUUCAGUACUUACAGUUAUGUUUUCUAUUUUAAACAGAGUUGGUUCCAACAUUUUACAAACCAUUUAAUAGUAGCUGUCAUAAAAAAUGACUUGCAUAAAAAAAAAAAAUUGUAAAUAAAAGUUUGUGAUUUUUGUUA